UCCUCUCUUCUUUGAGAAUGGCAGCUUCAUCAAACAAGGCCUUGGCCUCUACCACCGCUCUCCUCCUCACCCUCAACCUCCUCCUCCUCCUCUUCUCUCUAGCCUCUUGCAACUCGGCCCCUUGCCCUCCGGAGCCCACCAAGCCUCAGCCUCAACCAACACCAAGGCCGCGUCAUCAUCACGGCUCAUGCCCUCGUGAUACAUUGAAGCUUGGAGCUUGUGCUGACGUUCUUGGUGGACUCAUCAACAUCAACGUUGGCAAGUCCCCUAAGACGCCAUGCUGCAGCUUUCUUCAGGGCUUGGCUGAUCUCGAGGCUGCUGCUUGCCUCUGCACAGCGAUCAAGGCCAACGUCUUGGGCCUUAACUUGAACGUCCCGGUGAGUCUCAGCCUGCUCCUUAACUACUGCGGGAAGAAGGUCCCUGAGGGAUACAAGUGUGCCUAGCUAUAUAUGUGUGUCUGUACUUCGUGGAAUAUUCUUGCUACUGCAUGGUUGAAUGCUAGUCUUGGUGUUAAAAGAGCCUGCAAUCUUGUUGUUGCUUAAUUAAUUAGUUGUGGUGUGA